AUGAAGCUUCACUACAUCGGCAUUAUCCGCAACGACUCCCAGCCCGCUCACGAGAUCGUCGCAGAGAAGGAGCUGAGCGCCUACUCGCGCUUCACACGCAGCAACUAUGGCGAGUUCAUGUCCCUUUUCGCAAAGACCGUCGCCGAGCGCACUCGACCCGCCCAACGACAAGACGUUGAAGAGCAAGACUACACCUUCCACGCCUACGGCCGCACCGAGGGCAUCUGCGGCAUCAUCAUUUCCGACCACCAAUACCCCGCCCUGGUCGCCCAUCAGCUCCUCAGCAAGGUCGUCGACGAGUUCCUCUCAAAGCACCCGCGCUCCUCAUGGGCCCAGGGCGACGUCACCCUGCCCUUCCCCGAGCUGACGGACUACCUCGCCAAGUACCAGGACCCCCAGCAGGCCGACAGCAUCAUGAAGAUCCAGAAGGAGCUGGACGAGACCAAGAUUGUGCUGCACAAGACGAUUGAGAGCGUGCUGCAGCGAGGAGAGAAGAUUGACGACUUGGUGGCCAAGAGCGAUGGGCUGAGCGCUCAGAGCAAAAUGUUUUACCGUAUGGCUGCCUAUCCCUUGAGCUCUCUUGUUUCUCUCUAUUUUGCUUUCGUCUAUCAAGUUGGUGACUAA